AUGAAGUUCCCCCUCGUCUUGGCCGCUCUCUUUGCUGGCAGCCUCGCCACUGUUGCCCAGCCUGGAGUCGGUCCGCCCGCAUUGGGGACCUGCCGGGGUGCGGACGUGGCAAUCGCGGCCGCUCUCGCCGUUCUCAGGCGGUUGUUGCCCGUCUAUCCCCAACUGGAACCGGCUAUCAAAGCCGGCGUCGCCAGAUUCAAAAACGAGAUCAGGUGCGGCCCCGCUCCCGACGAGCCCGAAGCUCCGGCGGACGACCAGAUGGACUGCCACGGUAUCGUGGACACGGGCAUCGAUCGGGCCGCCAAGGUGCUCCGAGAUAACUUCGGGCCUAUUGCGCCCGAUGGUUUCGAUGAGGGCGUGACGAAGGGCAUCAAGGACUUCAAGAAGAGGCUGGGCUGCAAGCCAGUGGUCGUGGACCCUGAGCCAGCUGGACACAAGUUCUAG